AUGGUUCAACGAGGUAAGGUGUUGGAAAUUGAAGGACCAACACCUAAAUUCCUAUAUGCUAUGCUCAAGCAGCUUGACUUGAAGAUUGUUGACUGGAACCGUGUGGCUGCUGAGCAGGCAAUAUCUAAUGGCCAUGCUGCCCGCAUGCGAUUCUCCCGAUUUCGCAACCAAAUGGAAGGCACGACCGGAGCCCAGCGGCCUGGCAGAAAGAGAAACUCCAAGAAGACUGGGAAUGCCGAAAAGGGGGGAAAGGGAGAUUCCAAGGCCCUGGUUUUUGAGAUGCAACAAUCGGCGAAUCCUGCACCUGGGCCAAGUAUGGAGACCAGUGGCUCGUUCCAGUACAUCAACGCCGUCAAAAGUGAAGAAGGAAACCAGAGAAUAUCUUUCCCUGACAUGGGUGAACUAUAUCCGUGGUCACAAGGGGUUCCAACCAGUGAUACGAAUUACAUUCCCCAGAUGAACCACUUUAUGUCGCCUGAAAUACAACACGGCAUGACUUACCCUGGCAUGCCAUCGAGUUUUCCCUCGGGCUUUCCCUCAAUGCCAUCAAAUCCACCUUGGUUUUAUCCUUCAUUUGAAAUGAUGCAAGAUUCCACCAUGCAGGAGCUUACAAACAGUCUGCCGAAUUUCAAUUAUAAUCAAGUUGCCAACUGGGAGCCUACUGCUUUGAAUCAGGCUGGAAACCCACCAGUCAAGAUUGAAGACGAUGUCGAAUUAGUUGAGGUAAAAACUGAAUCAAACAUUUCGAUCAAACUUGGUAUGCCGCAGGAUGUCGCCAUGCAAGAGCUUACAACCAGUUUACCCAAUUUCGACUAUGCCCCAGUCCCUUCUUGUGAGUCCAAUGCUAUGAGCCAGUCUGAAACUGGAUCAAGUGGACGGGUCAUCGAAGAAGAUGUCCAGACAGUCCAGGCGAAGACUGAGCCGGAUAUUCCCAUCAAGGUUGAGCCAUACCAAAUUGAGUGA